GUCCCACUUGAGGCUCGUCACAUAAAACCAGCAGAGCUCUUUGUUUACAGCAGAAAGAAGUAGACGUCGACAGUAAGAUAGUGGAACUUUGUGUUGGUUAUCUUGAAUUAGCAGUCAUGGUGGCAAUGGCGAAGCGAGUGAAGACCUUUCAAAUUCAAUUUACGGACCCCAGCAAGACUUUUUACUGCGGGGGGGAGAAGAUGUCUGGCCGGGUCUCAGUGGAAGUGAACGAGGUGACCCGGGUGUCGGCGGUGAAGCUCCUGGCUCUGGGUUCCGCUAAAGUGGAGUACGCUAAAGGCAAGCAGCGGUGCCGACAGGCGGCCGAGUACCUCCGGCAUGAAGAGGUGCUGCUGCUGGACGAGCAGCCCGCAGACGCUGAUGGAUCAGUCGUCUUGAGGCCUGGCAACAAAUACGAGUACAUGUUUGGAUUUGAGCUCCCCCAGCAAGGGCAGCUGGUGUCUUCAUACAAGGGGAAGUUUGGCUAUGUGCAGUACCAUGUGAAGGCCAUGAUGGAGAGGCCGCAGCAGCCCAUCAUGGAGUGUAAGAAAGCCUUCGAGGUAGAGGAGCCCCUGGAUGUGAACACCCCAGACCUGCUGUCCCCCACAGGAGGCAGUAAGGAGAAGAAGGUCACCUGCAUGUUCAUCCCUGAUGGCCAGGUGUCCCUGAAUGCAAAAAUCGACCGGCGUGGCUUCUGUGAGGGCGAGGACAUUUGCAUCAACGCUAAGUUUGAGAACACCUGCUCCCGCAUCGUGGUUCCCAAGGCCGCCAUCAUCGCCAAACACACCUACCAGGCCAACGGGCGCACCAAGGUCUUCCGACAGAAGCUGUCCGCAGUCCGAGGGAACCACAUCAUCUCCGGCAUGUGCGACGCCUGGCAGGGGAAGACCAUCCGGGUGCCCAAGAUCAAACCCUCCAUGCUGGGCUGCAACAUCAUCCGUGUGGAAUACGCUCUCACGAUCUACAUCCACAUCCCUGGGAGCGAGAAGCUGAUCCUGGAGCUGCCUCUGGUCAUCGGGACCGCCGGUCUGGGCAGCCGCAGCAACAGCGUGAGCAGCCAGGAGGGCUCGAUCAGCAGCGCCUCCCAGAGCUGGGUGUCCCUCAGAAUGCCCUCUGAGCCCCCCAGCUACUGUGACAUCGCCCGUGACUGCCGGCUGGACCAGCCGCUCACGCCGCUGCUGGAUGACUUCGACGGCGACGACAGCCCCAUCUUCAUGAACUCGCCGACCUUCCAGUUCCCGUCCCCUCCGGCAUACACAGAGGGUGAGGAGGUCAACGGCAACGCCCGCAUGCUGCCGGUCUGCUGAAGAGAUUCUCGACUCUUGGUCCAGCUCUCAGGGACCGCUCAUCCAAAGCACUUGAAAAGGAGCAGAAGGCCCUAACAGCCAGAGGAGAUGUGUGUGUGUGUGUGUGUGUGUGUGAGAGGAUGCAGAAAGAGGCUCCUGCGCUAGGCUGUCUUCACUGCGCUUCACCGCCGACACGGACUUGUGUCUUCCUCCUGGUGCUCCUCGCGUCAAGGACCUGGAGGCCCGCUACAUUUCUGAAUUAGCUGUCCCUUCCAGAGGCUCAGAACUCUUAGGGUCUCACUGUCCAUUAACAGCCACUUUAAGACUUUGUUUUGGGGCCAAGCAUUGUACGUGUCGGCCCCCAGCCUGCUGUUACAUCUUUGCCUUUACGGGGUUUGUCCUUUUCCUCAUGGCGCUUUGUCAUUCCUGUAGAACCCUGCUCUGGGCACCAGAGGAACCAUGAUUUUUGCUUUAGGGAAUAAUGUUGCCUGUGAGCGUCACAGUGUGUGCAGAUAUCUUCCUGGGAUGCUAAUAGAACCUCAUGCAGCAUCCGUUCUUUUGUACCAGUGUUUGAAAGAAUUGUUUCCUGUAUUUUAUUGCACUUUUUGAUUGACUCAUUUUGCUCAAACACUGCCUUUCGGUUGGUUCUGUUUUAACAGUGUUUGAUGUGUAGAUAUUCUCCAGUUAAAACACUCUCAACUUGUUGACACCAUAUCUUUUCAUUAUAUACUCCGUGCAGAUCCAUACGAUCCAUGUGACACGCUGGGAUACCGUGAAAUGCACCUUAUGUGAGGAUUAACAUGUUUCUGAUCUACGACAACAUUUCACUGAGUCUCCACUGCAGGGGUGUCACUCCUUCAGGGCGCUAAGAAAAUCACUGUUAAAGACUGAUUUGUUGGAAGCUUUGUUUGCAAUGUAUCGUUGAUACUUAUAACAAGUAUUUUUGUAUGAAACCCUACGGGUGAUUCUUUUUUUAUUAAAGAAAGUUUGAAAAUA